GGUGCUACCAUGGUCAUUUUUCCAAAAUACAAUAUAAAAACUUUCUGUUAUUGUAUUCAAAAGUAUAAUAUCGAUUAUAUUUACGCAGCACCGCCUAUUAUACUUGAUCUUGUAAAUGACCCAGAUACUAAAAAGUAUGAUUUGUCGAGUGUGAAAAUGGUUGUAUCAUCUGCAGCCCCGUUAGGUUAUGAAUUAGCACAUAUGUUUUAUGAGCUCUUUAAAAUACGAGUCAAACAGGCAUAUGGACUAACUGAAGCAUUAGUAAUAUGUUACUCUGAUUCAAAUAAUAUAAUUGCUGGUUCCUGUGGGAUUCCCCUCCCAAAUAUGAAACUAAAAAUAUUAUCAAAUGAUGGUCAUGAAUUAGGUCCAAACGAGCAUGGAGAAUUAUGUGUUUAUGGUCCAACAAUAAUGAAGAGUUAUCUCAACAAAUCAGAAGCUGCAAAUGCUUCCUUUGACAAUGAUGGAUUUCUUCAUACGGGAGACAUUGCAUAUGCUGAUGACCGAGGUUCUAAUUGUGGAUUUCCUGUGGCCCCAGCUGAAUUAGAAUCGAUUUUAUGUACACAUGACAAGAUAUUUGAUGCCGCAGUCAUAGGUUGCUAUUCCGAGAAAGAUCAAACUGAACUUCCUAUAGCAUAUAUCGUACUUAAAUCUGAAGAUAAUGAAAACAAACAAUCUCUUAAAUACGACAUAAUACAAUAUGUAAACAGUAAAGUUUCUCCGCACAAAAAAAUAAGAGACUUGCUAUUUAUUAAUAAAAUUCCAAAAAGCGAAUCAGGAAAAAUUCUUAGGAGAAUGUUAAGAGAAUUUAUUUUGGCUGAAUAUGUCGAGGACCAAG